GCAUAAAUGAAAGCAGGGUUCGUAAUGGCUGCUAAUCACUGCUAUUAUAGCAAUUAUUUAAACAACAAGAACAUUAUGCAGCUGUCAACUAAACACUUCCACCUAGCGGACGCUUUUUGUUUCAGGCUUUGGAGUAGUAACGUCUUAAAAGUGCUCUUGAGAGUUUGUUGAAUUACAAACACCCCUGAAAGCGCUCUUGCCGUUACUACAUCUGCAUAUUUCCUUGCUGCGAUGGUUUUGGCAAUCGGCUUUGUUUCUAUAUAUUACGCAUGCGCCCUAAUGAUCAGCGAUGCAUCACAAGUGGCAGCCACUAAAUAAACCAAAAAUCGUAAUUCAGCUGUGCGGUGUUCGUUUGUGAGCGCGGGCAACUAAAAGUCAUCGUGACUGAUCAAUCCUUCAGCGACAAGCCUGAAAGAAACAGGCUAUUAUUAGGAAUGUCUUUUUUUUUUUACCUGCUCGAGGCACAGCUUUCGGGAAAGAACACCAGAUGCAUAACCUGCACGUUUUUGCACAGGCGCACGCGCCCGAAUCAAUUUAUUUGUGUUGAUUUUGCAAACUAUCGGGAACGAUGAAAGCAUCAGAAAUCGCCGUGCGGUGUGUGUGUGUGUGUGUGUGUGUACCGCGGGGGGAACAGGAUCAGACCCCUUUCGCUCCAAAGCAGGAAAAAAAUAAAUAAUUGCGCUAAUGGCACUCUUGUGCUUCCAUUAAGCACGGAGGCGGCCCCGCAGCCCUCUCCGAAUGCAGAAACAUUCAAAUCCACAUAAAUGGCUCCUCUCUGAGGCAGGGGUGGCUGAAAUCCAGAGAACACUGCAAAUCUAGGUCAAUGGAUUGCUGCACAGCUACGAUGACUCCCUCCUCCGAAGUGUAUGCGUUGUGCUUGUGGACGGGUGCAAACCACACAGUCUGACCAGUGAUGAAAAGAUGAGGUGCGUUGUCUGUAACGCGAGAUGCACGCUCUGCAUCAAUCCGCGGCCGGAUGCUAAUUGCGCGUUUUUCCCCCCCAUUGCAUUUCUCGGUUCGCACUUAAUGCAUUUCCCAGUGAUCCAAAGCGCUCCGGACGGGGCUGAACUUGCAUUAUUCAAGUGUUUCAAAGGCAGCGGCUGCAGGCGUGUUUUCGACUUUGCAUGUCAUCGUCUGGAGCUGGAGCCUCACCUGCUUUAAAACGAAUAAAAAUCAAACCGACAAAGUACGCGUUGGCAGCCCGGGCCCAGCCAAAUGAUUCAUAUCUUCUGAGAAUUGCGUAUUUAUAGCGAUCCCUCACAAGAGGGAAGGAGCGUCAGCUCGGAUUCUGAAGAUACCACUACGUCCAUGAAGGUAUUAAUGCAACAAACCGAGAGAGCCUUCUGUAACGAAGCGUUAUUGCGGAUAAAAAGAAAACAGCAGAGCAUUUGCCUUCUAAAUCCCACUCGCAGUUUCUCCUUUCGGUGCCUAGCAACACUUUUUUUCAGCAGAAUACACAAAAUUAGCAGGGUAAAGCGUGACCGCAGCCUCAAAGCCGAAGCUGAGCACGCGGAUUCCUUGAAACAAGCUCGGCGCACAAUGCCGAAGGUUUGCAUGCUGAAAUAAAUGCGUUCUCUAACUCCGGGUGCACACAAUCUCGUGAGGGUUACACUAGAGGAAAGUCAAUAAAACGCCUUUAAAUUCAUUCUGCAAGAGACGAAAGCGAUAGGAACGGUGACGAAACGUAUGCAUUACACCAAGCCGGCGCACUAACAGAUAUGCAAUACUCAGAUUACUGGAAAAUAUAUGUUGGCUGCUUGGUAAAGGAGCCAGGUUUGUGUGGAUCUGUCCGUGGUCCUGAAUCCACGACGUCCCCCGAAAGCCACCCAACCCAACAAUGCAGCAAUGUGGAUUUGCUUAGGGUUUCAAAAAAGCAUUGCAUUGCAUUGUUUUCACCGGUGAAAAAGUCGCCAACGUGCACAGAUAAAGCAUCGUGAGAGAUUCUGAGCAAAUAUGUGGGUGGAUUUCGAUGCGCGAGGACCAGAGGAGAUGGACUUUAUCACCGGAGGAAGCUUUAUUACGGAGACCUCCAGAAGUGACCUAUUCAAGCCUGGUGAUAGUGAUUUAUUAGAAACGCACAGCGUUACGCUUCAGCUGAUGCACUAGUGUGGAUGGCUCGUGAUGGUUUUAUUAGCCUUUUCAUCUCUUCUUCUGGCGGCACCCAUUCGCUGCAAAGCAUCCGGCAUACAAUUCUCCGUAUCUGCCAGAGAAACAAACAAAUGCACAUCUCGGGUGGCCUGAAAAUUGCAGCAUUUGCGCGAAAAUGCAUUGUGCAGCCUAACAUCGGCGUGUAGCGCGCUGAUUGCGCGAGUAUACUUGGAAAUCUGGAGAAGCAGGGUGAAACGCUUGUAUCUUUCCAGCUGUCAUUUUCCUUUAAGAUGAUGUAAGGCUCAUCUCCCUAAGAAUGGUCUCCCUCCCCCGUCCAAAGCCUCUCUCGGCACGCUGCAUUCAUUCGCACUACGCCGCCGAUGCUCAGGAGAGUCAGGAUGCACAAACUUCUCCCAGCGCGCCCUGCUUUUUAACUACAGAUCGUUUUGCUGAAACGCUGGGUGGGCGCCAAGCGCGCGAAGACCAACUGUUCUGGACGGACAGGAUCUCGUGAAGGCGAAGCGCUCUUCUGAAGGAAGUUGAAUCUGGCGCAGGUUUUCAUUCUUUCACAAGCGCAACUUAUUUUUGGAUGUCGAGCUGGAGGAUAGCUGCACAAUUGGCUCCCUUGGGUGAGAGCUCUUCCAUUCCUGCGCUAUUAUAAAUAACACGGAGACGCGCGCCGCGUUUGUGGGAAAAGCCUUGUAGUCCUACCGUGCCGUUUUGAUGCAUUUAUACUUUUACAAACACUCCGCGGGUCUCGGAGACGCCGCGCGUAACGCGGCGGACCGUGCAUGUCUGUUAAAGCGCUCCCAGGUUAUGUUCCCCUUGACUUUGCGCUCACCAAAAACAAACCAAAAACUUUUGCGCCUCCGAAUUUCCGUUUUUUGAAGCGCGCAACGCACCAAGAUGGCCCUGACUGAAAACUGCAGGACUUAUCAAACGCCCAAGGACGGCGGAUGCGCUCAGAGUUGCUCUUCUGAUGUGGUUGAGCUCAAUGUGGGCGGACAGGUGUACUACACUCGCCAUGCCACCCUCACUAGCGUGCCAAACUCGCUGCUGGGGAAAUUAUUCUCCACUAAAAAGGACGCCUCCAACGACCUCGCGCAGGACAUCAAGGGACGCUACUUCAUCGACAGGGACGGGUUUCUCUUCCGAUACGUGUUGGACUACCUCCGCGAUAAGAGCGUCGUCCUGCCGGAUUAUUUUCCCGAGAAAGGGAGGCUCAAACGCGAGGCUGAGUUCUUCCAGCUGCCCGAGCUCGUCAAAAUCCUCACGCCGGAUGAAUACGUCCACGGGGAUUUCGACGAAGCGUCCCAGGGAAGCGACCAGAGGCUGUUCCCCGCGUCUUACCUGGACGCGCGCGACAGGCGCUACGGCUUCAUCACGGUGGGAUACAGGAGCCCGUGCGCCUUCGGGAGGGACACGGACGCCAAAACCCGCGGGCUGCCCAAAAUCUUCAUCUGCGGGAGGGUCGGUCUGGCCAAAGAAGUUUUCGGGGACGCCCUGAACGAGAGCCGGGAUCCCGACAGGCCGGCCGAGCGCUACACCUCGCAGUUCUACCUGAAGUUUCGCCACCUGGAGCGAGCUUUUGACACGCUCGCGGAGAGCGGCUUCCACAUCGUGGCGUGCAAUUCGUCGCUCACCGCUUCUCCUCACAGCAGACACAGUGAGGACAGAUACUGGUCCAAUAACGCGGAGUACGUCUUCUACCGUGGCCCGUCUGGAUGGUCGUCUUCUCACUGCGACUGCUGCUGCAAGAGCCACAAGAGCGAGCGCGAGGGCGAGAGCGGCACUUCCUUCAACGAGCUCUCCACUUCCUGUUCCGAGACCCAAUCGGAAGCCAGCUCUCCGCAGGAAACGGUCAUCGUGCGCCCGGUCACCCGCCAGCCCAACAUCCAGACUCUGGACCGGCCGACGAAAAAGGGUCCGACCCCGAUUCCCAGGAGGACUGACCUGCUCCGCGUUCGGACCGCCGGGCCGCGCGACGCCGCGGCGGGAAAAAGGAAAGCGGCCAAAGAGAAGCUGACUCCGGAGCAGGAGCUGGAGAGAUGCAUCCAGGACUUCCGGCGGAUUAAAAUCCCGGAGCGCUUUCCGGAGAGGAAGUACAUGUGGCAGUCCGAGCUCUUGAAAAAAUACCGUCUCUGAAAUGAUUUCACCGAGCCUAUUAGUGCAAGAGCUCUCGGCGCAUACGAUGACAUAAUUCUUCUUUGCUUAGGCUUAAUUGGCUCGUCUGUGUAAUCAUGCGGCAAGAUGCACAAUUAACAAUUCAGUGAACCUCGAGUGACUCCUAAAGGGACCGGUCCCGUCCGGCACAACGACAUUAAAGGCUAAACCAAUUUCGCAGCGUCUAGACCAACCUCUCAAAGAAAAAAAAAACCAGACUGCGUUUAUGCACGAUGAUCACGAGUAGUGUGUAUUACCUGGUGAUGCUCGGCACGGCACUUUUGUACGGCGUUCCACCCGGAAAUGCAACGCACGUAUGUGGACUGCAGGAUUCGUGUGUGGUUUGCGUGUUUUACUGAUGGAGAGUUUCGAACGAGUAGCUCACCCAGGAAUUAAAAUGAGCUGAAAAAAGGGCCACAAAAGAGUGUUAUUUGGAGGAAUCUAUGGAUGCUCUGCAGUGAAUGGGUGCCGUCGGAGUCCAAACAACUGAUAAAAACAGUAAUCCACGCCACUCUAAUCCACCAGUUAUUUGCUUACGGACGAAACAUCCAUAAUAACUCUAUAAGUCCAUCUCUGGUUGAAAAUCGAAUCAAAAGCCAGCGACGUUUUUGUUUAGAGCCCGUUUUCCCCUUGAUCUGCCAAUAUUUCUCUCCCGAUUCAAACGAGAUGACUUUUUACUGGAGAUUUCGAUUUAGCAAUGGUACCAAGUAAAAGUGGAUUCUUUUCCUUUGCUUCUCGAGCUGUUGACCGACCGAGUGAAGAAGCGGUGGGGAUUAUUGCGGCUGUUCGGACUCAUUCUGACGGCACCCAUUCACUCCAGAGCAUCCGUUACUGAGACCUCCCUGACGGCCUGAGCUUAUUCACAUUCAUGGGCGAACUGUUCUACUAACCCUUCUACUAACUAACCCUUUAUUUAAAGAGUUUAAAGCAGCACAAGUGAGUAUGUUUCCGCGGCAGACAGAUGCCGAAUGCAUGUUAUUUCACUCAUAUAGAGCAACGACUCAUAUCAGCGAACGCGUUUAGUUUGUGAUGUGAUCUACAUUAUUCACCCAACGUCAUUCACCAUUCAUUCGAACCCAGAUGAAACGCGUCACCGGGAUCGGACCGAAAUAUCAAGCCGUUAUUGUGAACAUUCGCGCAGAGACUUUUGAUUUCGCUUGUGGGCACACGAGGAUGUUUUGUUCUGGACGUGCAAUGAAUCAUUAAACGAACUGGGUUUAAAAUACA